AUGGUCAAGAUGGCCGACGAUAGCAACAAAAGACGCCGUUUGUCGGAGGAUGGCAGUUUCGAGGCUAAAAUAGUCGAAGAGGUUCUGAAUGAGAAAAAUGAAACGAAAGGCGAAUCUACCGAAUUGCCAGCAAAGCCGCAAAUGAGAAGAGAACUUUUCGUACGAUCUCUCCCAGCGUCAGCGACAACCGAAAAGUUGACGGAAUUCUUCUCCCAAUCAUACGUCCUCAAACAUGCAACUGUCGUUAUUGAUCCAGAAACCAAGCAAUCGAAAGGCUAUGGCUUCGUGACCUUUGCGGAUAUUGAAGAUGCUCAACGUGCCUUGGAGGAGUUCAAUAACGCCGAGUUCGAAGGUCGGAAAAUCAGAGUCGAAGUCGCACAACCCCGUAAGCGUGAAAUUGACGAAAAGGGAGGCAGAAGUGUACCUACUGCAGAGUCCACGAGACUCAAGGCGGAACGUACCAAGCAAAGAGAACAGACGGCACCUCCUAGGCUGAUUGUACGAAAUUUGCCCUGGACAAUCAAAGAAUCCGACCAACUUGCUGCACUGUUUCGCAGUUUCGGAAAGGUCAAGCAUGCCGUUGUGCCAAAAAAGGGCAAUGUUCAGGCUGGUUUUGGAUUCGUUGUGUUGCGUGGUCGGAAGAACGCCGAGAAAGCCUUGGAAGCUGUGAAUGGAAAGGAGGUAGAUGGAAGGACUUUAGCCGUUGAUUGGGCGGUAGAAAAGAGCGUUUGGGAGGAGGCACAACAAAAUGCGGAAAAGAAGGAUGUGAAAGAUGCAAUGGAUGUUGAUGUUGGAGAUGACAAGGAGACUGAAGCCGAAAACGACGAAGACGAAUCUGUUGAAGUUGGCUCCGCAGACGAGGAUGAGGAGGAAGAUGAGGAAGGAGACUUUGAUGACGAGGAUGAGGAUGAGGAUGAGGACGAGGAAGACGAAGAAGAUGAUCGCAAUGCUUCUACGAUUUUCAUUCGCAAUCUACCUUUCACCAGCACAGACGAGACAUUAUAUGAGCACUUCAAGCAGUUUGGACCGCUACGCUAUGCACGUAUCGUUGUGGACUACGAGACUGAGCGCCCAAGAGGAACAGGGUUUGUCUGCUUCUGGAAUGCCGAAGACGCCAUCGAAUGCCUCCGAGGCGCUCCGCGACAAGUCGAUGCUGGCAAGGAAGAUGCAAACACCAAGAAGAACUCUACAAGCAUCAGACAAUCUGUGCUGCAGAACGAUAUGCUCGACCCGACCGGAAAAUACACCAUGGAAGACCGUGUUCUCAAUGUUACUCUUGCCGUAUCAAAAACCGAAGCCAAUAAAUUGACGGAGGAAGGUGUGUCUCGUCGAUCGGAGAGAGAUAUGGAUAGGCGCCGACUUUAUCUCUUGAAUGAAGGAACUAUCAACACUGCCUCUUCACUCUAUAAGAAAUUGGCGCCUUCAGAAAUCAAAAUGCGAGAAGACAGUCUCAAGCAGCGUCAAAACUUGAUUAAGAACAAUCCUACGCUACACUUGAGUUUGACCCGAUUAUCCAUCCGAAACAUUCCCCGAUCAGUGACUUCCAAAGACCUCAAAGCGCUUGCCCGUGAAGCCAUCGUCGGCUUUGCCAAAGACGCAAAGGAAGGACGUCGCCAACCAAUAUCCGCAGAGGAGCUGGCUCGUGAGUCCGAAGAAACGAAGGGCGAUGACAAACGUCGUCGUGAAAAGGGUAAAGGUCUCGUCAAACAAGCUAAGAUUGUCUUUGAAGGACGCGACGGCAGCAAGAUUGAGGAGAAGACUGGUGGAGGACGUAGUCGUGGUUAUGGAUUUGUUGAGUACUUUAAUCAUCGACACGCAUUGAUGGGAUUGCGCUGGCUGAAUGGACAUGUUGUGCAAGCCAAGUCCAAUGACGGAGAGGCGGAGAAGAAGAAAAGACUGAUCGUUGAGUUUGCGAUUGAGAAUGCUCAAGUUGUCAAGAGACGGAAAGAGUUUGAAGAGCGGGCACGCACUAAGAAGGAGGAUGGACCAGAAAAAGGUGGUGACAAUGACAAGAGAGGAAUGAAGAGGAAGAGACCUGAAGGCCGUGGAAUGAACAAAGGAGACAAAGGAGACAAGGGAGGCAAGGGCAAAGAUAAAAAAGCAGAUGCUGGCGAUGAUGAAGACGAUGAUGAAAAGAACAAGAUUGCAAAGAGGAACCGCAUCAUUGCUCGCAAACGUCAGCAACGAAGAUCAAGGAAAGGCAAAGCCUGA